UGUUGAUGAUUGUGUUUGUGCAGACAUCUGUGGUAGACGACUUAGCGUCCGCUGUGACUCAACUACGGUAAAGUGUAAUGGAUAAGGGCUGACUGUGAAGUGUUUAUCGCGCCAGCAACAGCCAAUGAAAUUUGAAUUGUCCGAAAACCUAAAGUAUAUCUAUUUCACGAAGUCUGUGUUUGAAAAACAUGAGGAUAUGUUAUUUGGAUCGUGCGUUACUACAAGACUUCGUUACCAUACUGUUGUCGUUAUGGAAAUUUACAUUUCUUGGUUGCUCCAUGCUGUUCAAAAGUGCAGAAGCGUCACAAUCACCGACGUCGUCUCAUCAGAAUUCGGCCAAUCAUGGAAGUUACAUGUCAAAGUCCAUGAAUACCGUUAAUUUGCAAACGUCUGAUGCAGGUAUUCAACUAUGGUUAAUCGUGAUAAUCGUAGUAAUCAUUGGUCUAUUGUUGGUGGCCAUUGCUUUAUGUCUUGUUAAACUUCAUAAAUGGAAAAAGGACCAUGGUAUGUAUUCCAUGUGGAAAAGUCAAGAGCCCAGUGUCGAAGCAAUGAUUGCCAGGGAACCCGGUACUCUGUUGGAGAGUUUCGACGUCGAAACCGAGUACGAAGAAGCGCAAUGCUAUGAAAUUCCAGUAGACUCAUAUGAAAGACCUCAGAGAAUCUAUAUUGAAGGAAAAAGAGUUACAUUGGCAUCUGAAGGUGCGCAAUGUCCACAGUCUGAAACAUCACCAUUGUACACAAUCGUGGAUGAAACACCUGUGGUUGAUCAAGCUGGAUGCAGUUCAGUCAAUACAACUGAAAGGAUUAGUCAAAACAGCUCAACAGAUCAAGAUUUCAAUGAAAAUAGUAAUAUGUCUGACGACGUGUUCGACAAUCCAAGUCAAAACGAAGCAGAGGUCUACCCAAAACCUUUACCUCUCCCCCCGGUGGAUCCUCCAAAGGUAGAUCUCCCUACCCCCGUGCUGUGCGAGACUUACACACUUGAUGUUACCCCAAGAGAAAAAUGUUUUAACAAUUUAGUCAACAGGCCGCUCCCCCAAACACCAAAAAACGCCUUCCCCCCUGAAAAUUACAGUGCAGUCAGCCUUGAUCGUAGCUUACUAAAACGGCAAAGAGAGGCAAGACUGAAUAAAACGGAAACGGCACGAACAUUACCCAGACCCUACAAGAUACGUCAAAUUUCUCGACCUUUAAUCAACGCGUUGACGCGUUCAACAAGUAACACUGACGUUAGUAAGGAAACGUCACGACUUAGUGAUCAUGUGGCUUCGGAUCCAAAUCAAUGCACGCUGACCAGAGUGAAGAAACGGACAUCACAGUCACUGGACACGCUACUGCAGUCAGAACGCGUGAGUCAUUUUUACGAGAACCCGGAUAUAGUAGAAGGGAUACUUAGGGACAUUAUCAGCAAUCGUCAAGCGUCCCUAAAUGACCCACGUUCCUCACGAGCAUCCUGUCAAAUUGAAGAGAACUCGAUCAAUGAAAAAGAUCACGUAUACACAAGGAUAAGCCAAUACUUGGAUGUACUAGAGAACAGAGAUACAGCUAGCAUUCGCAAUCCCUCGUUUCGUUCUAGACCAAGGUCCAAGCAUAUCUACGUAAGUAUUAUAUUCGAAAGCUCCGAUUCGGUGUGUUUUCCGAGCAUAGAUCCUGCACGAGAUCAGGGAUUUACAAGAUUAACUAAUAAUACACGAGAUCAGGGAUUCACAAGACCAACUAAAAGCAUGAGCAGAUCUUGUCCUAGCCUAAGUGCGAACACAGAAUCUCAAAUUAACACCAAAACCAAACAUCGACCCAUCAGUUGUUACCCUCCAAAAGGAAAUUUCAGCAGGUUGUAUCGCAAUAACUCACACCACAAGGAAGCAAGAAUUCAUCGCACAAAUGAAGUGUCAUCACUUUUCCCUGCACACUAUCAAAACAUCGAAGAAUCAUUCCGUUUUUCUUCUCCCUUUGGUAACACUCAAAACAGCCAAGCAUAUUUAAAUGUCGUCUAUCAAAACCUAAAUCAAGUUGACGAAAGUCAACACAACACGACCAAGCUUAUUCCCCCUUUAAAUCAUGCGCAAUCUCAUUAUGAAAAUAUCCCUUGCGUGAGGGAUAGCACAGGAACAUUGGAGGGAAAUGGUGAAAAUCUCAACAAGGAUCAGUACACUAUCCCAAGAAGUCCUCCUAUCACCAAAGAGAAUCCAUACGGCGUGCCUCGAAGUCCACCAGUCGUUCCUGAAGGUCCCUAUGGUGUUCCUAAGAGUCCCACUGGCUCAACGAAUCAGUAUAGUGGUGUACCUCGAAGUCCAUCCAUCGUUCCUGAAGGUCACUAUGGUGUUCCUAAGAGUCCCCCGGUGUCACUGAAUCAGUUUUUCGAGAAAAUCAAAACAAACGACACCAAUUCGAAGCACGAAUCACCCGCACCACGAAACUACCAGGAUUCUCAGAAUUCCACCGGAGAUAUACAAAUAUGUCAACGAAAAAGUACAAACGCAAAAAAAGAACGUUUGGUAGGCAACGAAAAACACGACACGUUGAGCACUUAUUUAGAAAAACGCCUAGAAGGUAUGAACAACGAAAACAUGGACAAUAGAGAAAGUAAUGGAGAAAAUUUUGGUGAAGACGAUCCAACGCAUUGUGGGACAUCGGAGAGUCGGAGUUCUGACCAAUCAGAGAGCCUCAUUUCAGGCCAGUCUGAGAACUCUUGUAACCAAAAUUCCUCAUCUCCCUGGUCAUAUUCCAGCACAGAAAAGAAGGAUGAUCAUGAGGACGUGCUGUUGGUGCAGAGGACUUCGGACUGCAAUGGAAACUCUGUAUGCCAAUGUAUUGUACAUAAAAUUAAAGUUGGAACACGUUUGCCAUCAAGUGAUUAUGUCUUUGAAGAGUCAGUAGCUUGACGCUGGCUGUCUUGCAGCAUGUAUUUUAUAAAUAAAAGUGUGGGCAAUCGCUUGCGGUUUUUUUUAUUUAUUUAUCACGAACUCCAAGUUUUCCAACUCAGACUAAUUUCUUUCUUAGACUUUCACAAUUUAACACUGGAGCUGUUUUAUCCAAAAAAAUUGUAAGUGUAAAUUAAUCAUUCAUAACACUUGAAGAAAUCUUCAAUCAAA